AUGGAAACUAGAGUUCCUACAGCACCCAUAAGUCUGUCAAAGCCUAAUGGAAUAAUACAGACCACCUCGUCUCCAGAUACAUCCCUUGAUCGUGGUACCAGUAUAGAAAGAGGAAGAGAAAAGGGGGCAGUGGAUCGAAAUUGCCGAAAUAGAAAAGAAAAAUGCUCUGGUGAUAAACCAUGCAAUUCAUGUGUUAAGCACAAUCGAGAGUGCUCAUACACGCCACUGAAGUCACGGGGUAGGAAGAAAAAGAGACCUCGACUUGAUUUGGAUCCUCUCGAGGAGACGCAAGAUCCGGGAUUGAGAGAUGGUUCAACAGCGUCGCCUAUCGUAAUGCGCCCAGAAGCUCAUCGACCACUAGCAAUUGACAACAACGGACCACUUGCAGUCAAGAGACGUCGAGAGCUACGUUCUUCUGGUAUUGGAUGUAUUUAUCGCACCAAAAAUUCAAGCAAUGAACGAUUAGGAGCGAUGCGCGUUUGGGGCUUGGACCAAUUUGCCUUCCCACCUGAGCGUCCCGAAUACCAGCAUCAUAAUGAGAGCGGUACAUCUCUGCCCGUUCAUCUAAGUAAAGAUCUUGGGGAUUAUUUCAUUGGUACUUAUUUCAAGGUCGCUCAUCCACAGUGGCCCUUCCUUCAAUUGCGCGAGAUUCGCGAAGAUUGGGAGUUAUUCUGGGAGCCUCCGCCACCAGAACGAGACGCUUAUUAUAGUAGCAAAUUAACUCGGAAAAAUAUUGUACUUAUGGUGCUUGCGAUUGGCGCCGUAAUGUCUAGUCUUUCUCCUGAUAAAGAUGCUAAGGUUAUGGCUAGAUGGGCAUCCUACUUGUCAUCACGUGCAAUACUGUCUGGUUCGACUUUCGAGGACGCCUCCCUCAAGGGUGUUCACCUACUUCUUCUGAAAUCUAUAUAUGGCAUCGAAUUAAUGCGACCAAAUGACUCUUAUCUCUACGUAGGUCAUGCAGCGCUGAACGCACUUGCAUUAGGCAUGAAUAGGGCCCAGGUCGCCAACGGCACCCGACCCAAUAUGCAUCGUCUCCGCGUAACAUUUUGGAAUCUUUACUCGACGGAAAAGCUCGUUUCUCUAUUUCAUGGUCGGGCAUCUUGUUUGAGAGAUGACUUCAUUGAUACUGCCUUUCCCGAAGAUCUACCAAGCUUGGAGCCGGAAAAUGAUACUCCAGAAGAAAUUACAGACAUGGCAUAUGUCCGUGCUAUGGCUACCCUAGGCCGUGUGGCUGAUCGUAUUAAAAGCGGAAUAUACUUCUACGGCGGAGUCGCAACUGAUUCCGCCAAUAUUCCCCAUGUUACCCGCGAGUGUGAAUCGGCUUUAGAAAAAGCGAUGGGAGACCUUCCCCAUUUCUUGCACUUUUUUGAUCCUUCGAUGCCUCCAAGUCCUCAAUUGUGGCAUGAAGUUCAACGUACACAUCUUGGAUUACACUACUAUCAUUGUAUCGUACUCAUUCAUCGUCCUGUAAUAGCUUUCGUGAGCAGACACGCAUCAAAGGCCGAAGCUUUGGCCGCAGCCCAAGAAUUAGGCUUCACGAAUAUAUUUGACUCUGUCGAAAAGGCCAUGUCCGCAUCGAAAAAACUCAUUACCCUCGCGCUUGAUGCCUAUAAUACGCGUGCCAUUCCGAUGAGGCAAGAUUCUGGAGUCGCUUAUAAUAUUGUGGGUGCUUGUCUUACCUUGCUCUAUGAUGUUUUAGGUGGGCCUAAAAAGAGUUGCGCUGGUAACGUCGCAGCUACAUUCAAAGCUGUGGAAGACGGUCUUCGUUGUUUGAGUUUUAUGGAGCACUCUGGGCCUAAGAUUGGGGGAACGCUUAGUUCACUCAUAAUGCGUGUGGCCAAAGAUGCUUUUCGCUCUGCCCAAGGCCCUAACCCAGAUGAUUUACCCGAUGGCAACGGAACAGCUGCUUAUGAUGCGGCGCCUUUAUAUGAACCUAUUCAAGAGAACACUGAAACUGUAAAUGCUAUUGAUAAUGAGCUAGAUACACUACUUGGACAGUUUCCAUGGCUCGCAAACACAACUGCAAAUACACCGAACUCUCACUCUGCCACAGAAAUACCUCUAGCCAACACUUCGGGUCCACUUCACAAUGCUUCUGGUGCCAAUUUUCCCACUUCCUCAAAUUAUGGGAGUACACCACAACAUGACCAGCUUCAGCAAUAUCCAACUCAAGCUUUUCCACAAAGUUCGGACUUUCUCUUGAUGCCAUUAUAUGGCUUCGAGGGAUCAACGCCGCAACAGGCACCUACGCACGAAGCUGCGGUUGCUGAGAAUACCAGCGGCGGUAGCAAUACAGGUGUAAAUCAAUGGGCUGAUGUCAACGGCCAGGUCUUUACGGAUCAUGGUAUGUCGAAUGGUAAUGGUGUACCGUGGGGCUUGCUGUGA